CCCUCGCCGCGCCCCGGGGAGGGGGGAACCGAGUCUCCUCGCCGCCCGGGACCUGGAGCCCGGAGGGCCGCGCCGCCGCCGCCUCCUUCCGCCGGCCAUGCAUUCUUCCGGCUCCCGCAGCCCGGGCCGGGCGCCCGCCUGCCCGAGAAAGACGGCGCCGACGCCAAUGUGAGAAUGGCUGUGACCGUGGAAGAAGCUCCGUGGCUGGGCUGGGUCGUAGCGAAAGCCCUGAUGAGAUUUGCCUUCAUGGUCGCCAACAACCUGGUUGCUAUCCCAUCCUACAUCUGCUAUGUGAUUAUACUGCAGCCCCUCCGAGUGCUGGACAGUAAGCGCUUCUGGUAUAUUGAAGGACUCAUGUACAAAUGGCUUUUAGGAAUGGUGGCUUCCUGGGGAUGGUACGCUGGAUACACAGUGAUGGAGUGGGGGGAAGAUAUUAAAGCAAUCUCUAAAGAUGAAGCAGUGAUGUUGGUGAACCACCAAGCAACUGGAGAUGUGUGCACACUGAUGAUGUGUCUGCAGGACAAAGGGCCGGUUGUCGCUCAGAUGAUGUGGCUGAUGGAUCACAUCUUCAAGUACACAAACUUUGGAAUUGUUUCUCUGAUUCACGGAGACUUCUUUAUAAGGCAGGGAAGAGCCCAUCGUGACCAACAGCUGCUCGUUCUCAAGAGGCACCUAGAACAAAAUUACAGGAGCAGAGACCGAAAGUGGAUUGUUCUGUUUCCUGAAGGGGGCUUCCUCAGGAAAAGGAGAGAAACAAGCCAGGCAUUUGCCAAGAAAAAUAACUUGCCAUUUCUUACACAUGUCACUUUGCCAAGGUUUGGGGCAACAAACAUUAUCCUGAAUGCACUUGUGGCACCGCAGGAAAAUGGAAGCCCAGCAGGAGGAGAUGCUCGAGGCUUAGAAUGCAAAUCAAGAGGACUCCAGUGGAUAAUAGAUACAACUAUAGCUUAUCCCAAAGCUGAACCAAUAGAUAUUCAGACCUGGAUCCUUGGAUACAGGAGACCAACGGUCACGCAUGUUCACUACAGGAUUUUCCCAAUUGGAGACGUGCCCUUGGAGACUGAGGACCUCACCAGCUGGCUCUACCAGCGCUUUAUUGAAAAGGAGGCCCUCCUGUCCCACUUUUAUAAAACAGGAGCCUUUCCUCCUCUCCAGGGCCAGAAGGAAGCUGUUUCCAGGGAGAUGACCCUCAGCAACAUGUGGAUAUUCCUCAUUCAGUCCUUUGCAUUUUUGUCAGGCUAUCUGUGGUACCACGUCAUUCAGUAUUUUUACCACUGUCUAUUUUAGGAACUGACUUGGACUUGCUACUAGGAGUUCAGACUUCAUACAUGUGCAUUAUUUUACAUGUGCAAAUCAAAAUAUACAAAUCAAAAUAUAUAAAAAGCAAAGGAAAUUCAAUGGAUGGAUUAAUGUUUAUCCCCCUUUGGGAUAUUUUAAAACUCUACUACAGUGAGGAUCAGUAAUACAAUGAUGUGCUAAUAUAUUUUAAGAACUUUUCGUGUUUUAAAGAGAUACACUCUACCAUGCAUUUACACAAGCAUCACAUUGGGAGAAGAGGAAAUCAUAAAAUCAUCCUAGAAGACUCCGAAAGAAAUUAUCGCCACCAAAUGCCCUUGGCCAUGCCCCUGUGACUUGCUGUGAGCUUUAGUUCAGGGUCAGAAGCUACGCUCCUCUUUCCCAGGGCAGAGCUCCACAACAUUAAUGUGUUCACCCUUCAUGCUGAGGUACUGUAGCCUGGAGAGCUGGCGGGCACACCCUGAGGAGUGGGGUCCUUGUCUAGCAACCCUGGCAAAGGUACAGCAUUGGCCUUCUCUGUGGGGGGCAGUGUCCACUGUACACCUGACAUCACUGUGUCCCUUGUAAGGCUAGCUCAGCCCAGCACCAUGUUUACAUGUGCUAAUUGCUUUCCCUUCUGUGGGACUGGGGCACCCACUUUCUCUUUAUGUACAGAAGGCAUAUCGUAGAAUGAUAAUUGUAUUUUACAAAAUGCACUUUUAUCAGAUGCAAAUAUAGAAAGGAUAGUAACAUAGCCUGAAACAAAGGGAAGCCUCAUCCGAGAGCAGGCUCCCAGGAGGCUUCCUGUCUUCGUGCUUGCCCAUGAUGCACUCGAGCACCGUCUUCAUUGGCCGCUUUCCUGACCCCAUCCCCCUACUGGUAGCUGGAUCUCCUCCCCCAAUUUUGACAUUGUAGCACCAAAUGUGUUUGGGGGCAGUUAAAGCAAAUUAGUGUAAAACAUUUAAAUGACCAGUUUCAGGGAAAUAGACUAGCUUAUUAGGAAAUAUGAGGUAGAACCAGGCCUUGGCUUGCAGUAUUGACAAGGCCUCCUGUGGCCCCAGAAUCUGUGCAGACAUCAGUGUGUUCUGUCAUUUCGUGAAACAGCUGCUCCUCUCAGGGGCAGGACCGGGAAACAGCAGCCCAGAAACACUUCCCAGUCUCAGCAGGGUUCUGUUCAUUCUCAAAAACUUCUGUAAAAUUUGUCAUUAUGUUUGUGUGAUUUACCUCAUAGAAGAACUGAACUUUGCAAAAAGUGCAGGCACUGCAUCAGUGUUGAGAGGGGGUGGGUUUGGUUUAGGAUAGUAAACUCCUAACCUUGAAAAAUAAUAAGUCAGCAGUAGUUUUCUGUGGCAUGAACACUGUAGAGUCCCCUAUUGUUACUAACAAACACAAAUAACAAUUCUGAGAAAUAGGCUGUAAAACAGAAAUAAAGACUAAUGUUUUCUGUUUUCAAGUAAACCAAAAAAAGAAAAAGGAAAAGAUGUCAGUUCCCCACAGUUGUGCGGGAAAGGUUGACCAACACCAAAUAAAAGCCCUUAGCAGCUUCACCUUCAGGAAACCCAGAGCAUGUGUGGAAGAGAAGGACAUGUUACUGAAAUACCUCAGUGCUCCCACACCACUGCUGCUAACUGCAGGGCACGCUUGGUUUGUUAGUGGUUGUUAUAAAGCAUAACUGACAUUGAGUAGUGGAACCAGUCUCCAUCUGGAAAUGAUGGGAAGCCAGAGAGAAGCUUUUCGGUGCCUCUGUUUGAGGUCAGGGAAGACUUUUCAGUUGCAGGAUGAAUUGGAUUGAGACAUUUCUGGGGGAGAAGUUGCUCACUGUCAAGUAUAGCAUGCAGUCCUAGCUAGCAGACCAUUUCCUCACUUCAAAGUAAGCCACAGAAAAUACUGACAGGUUCCUAUACAGAAAUGUAUACAUAAUGCAUACAGAAACGU